AUGCCACGGAGAAACAAUACCCCCAGAACCAGCCAAUACCCCUGCCACACCACGGAGAAACAAUACCCCCAGAACCAGCCACCCCCAGCCAGCCACGGAGAAACAAUACCCCCAGAACCACCCCUCUGCCACGCCACGGAGAAACAAUACCCCCAGAACCAGCCCCCUGCCAUGCCACGGAGAAACAAUAUCCCCAGAACCAGCCCCCUGCUACACCACAGAGAAACAAUAUCCCCAGAACCACCCCCCCGCCACACCACGGAGAAACAAUACCCCCAGAACCAGCCCCCCUGCCACGCCAUGGAGAAACAAUACCCCCAGAACCAGCCCCCUGCCACGCCACGGAGAAACAAUACCCCCAGAACCAGCCCCCUGCCACGCCAUGGAGAAACAAUACCCCCAGAACCAGCCACCCCCCAGCCAGCCACAGAGAAACAAUACCCCCAGAACCAGCCACCCCCAGCCAGCCAUGGAGAAACAAUACCCCCAGAACCAGCCAACCCCCAGCCAGCCAUGGAGAAACAAUACCCCCAAAACCAGACCCCUGCUACACCACAGAGAAACAAUACCCCCAGAACCAGCCCCCCGCCACGCCACAGAGAAACAAUACCCGCAAAACCAGCCCCCUGCCACGCCAUGGAGAAACAAUACCCCCAGAACCAGCCACCCCCCAGCCAGCCACAGAGAAACAAUACCCCCAGAACCAGCCCCCCCGCCACGCCACAGAGAAACAAUACCCCCAGAACCAGUUCCCCGCCACACCACAGAGAAACAAUACCCCCAGAACCAGCCCCCAGCCAUGCCACGGAGAAACAAUACCCCCAGAACCAGCCACCCCCCAGCCAGCCAUGGAGAAACAAUACCCCCAGAACCAGCCACCCCCCAGCCAGCCAUGGAGAAACAAUACCCCCAGAACCAGCCACCCCCUGCCAUGCCAUGGAGAAACAAUACCCCCAGAACCAAAUGAUGACUGAUACCAGGAGAGAAGAAAAACAAUAA